AUGUCGAGAGCCAUUCUGAUCACCGGGGCCACGGGCAAACAAGGCGGCGCUGUCGUGAACGCCUUGGUCGCCGCAAAGGCAGAUUUCCAGAUCCUAGCCCUGACCCGCGACACACAAUCUCCGUCCGCCCAGAGACUGGCGCAAAAGUCGCCCAAGAUCAAGCUCGUCACCGGCAAUCUGGAUCUUCCGGACGAGAUCUUCAGCAACGCGAAGGAGGCAACCUCGGCGCCUGUAUGGGGCGUCUUUAGUGUACAGAUCGCAAUAGGCGGCAAAGCCAAACUCACCGAAGAAGAACAAGGCAAGGCUUUGAUCGACGCCGCCCUAGCAAACAACGUCGAGCAUUUCGUGUACAGCUCCGUUGAUCGCGGCGACAGCCAGGUAUCCAACACCAACCCAACCAACAUCCCACAUUUCAUCAGCAAGCAUAACAUCGAACAACAUCUGUUCAAAACAACACGAGAACGACAACACCAAGCGGGACAGCAACAACAGCAGCAGCAGAACAACAAACACACCCUCAUGCGCUACACCGUGCUCCGCCCCGUCGCUUUCCUCGACAACCUCAUCCCAGGCUUCUUCGGCAAAGUCUUCUCGACGAGCUACCAGAUUGCCCUGAGAGAAAAGCCGCUACAGCUGAUUGCCGCAAGCGACAUCGGCGUCGUUGGCGCGCAGGCUUUUCUUCGCCCGGACGAGUUUUCCGGUAAAUCCAUCUCGCUGGCCGGUGACGAGUUGACGUUCCAGCAGUUCCGCGAGAUCUUUGAGGAGAGAACGGGCCAGACGCUGCCGACGACGUACGGCUUUGUCGCUCGCAUGAUCAUGUGGAUGAGUAAGGAGUUUGGCUCUAUGUUCCAGUGGUUCUAUGAUGAGGGGUUCGGCGCCGACAUCGAAGAAUGCAGAAAGAUCAAUCCUGGCAUGAAGGAUUUUGCGACUUGGUUGGACAAGGAAAGCCAGUUCGAGACGCGUUGA